AUGCCUGCUUGGUGGGGUAAAAAGAGCAGCAAGAGCAAAGAAGGGAGUAAUCAAGAGAAUCCAUAUGGGAAAAAUGAUAAAAAGAGCAGUACUAUCAAAGAAAACAAUAGGAGAAGUAGUCUUGAUGAGGCGGCUUUGAGGAAGAUUUCACCACGUGUCAGCAAGGAACUUGCUGGCAGUGGUGGGUCAUCCGGGUUUUCGGGUUUUGAUUCGGAUUCAGGUGAAAAAAGACGGCUUCCUUUGCCUCCACCGUCCUUGAGUGAUCUUGGUGGUGGUGGGAUUGGUGGUGGUGUUGGAUGCGGGUCGGGUUCUGUUUCAAGUGUUAGCUCGUCUGGGUCAUCUGGUGGUGAAGAUCACGAUAAUAAUCAGGGUAUUAAUAGUCUGUAUGGUGGUCACAGGUUAUCUGUUGAUCAUAGAGGACAUGGUGGGGGCGCAAGAAGCCCUGGUCCAGGGUCGAGAAGUCCCGUUCCUGGGUCAAGAAGUCCCGUUCCGGGGUCAAGAGCAGCAAGCAGGCCUACUUCACCUCUCCAUCCGCUUUUGGGUGGUAUGAGUAUAGACUCCCCAACUGGGAGGCUAGAAGAUGGGAAGAGCCAAUGUCAUCCACUGCCUCUUCCACCAGGUUCUCCCACUAGCCCUCCUUCCUUGCCAGGCAUAAAAACUACUGGAGCGUCAGAGAACUCUACUACGCUGUCAAAAUGGAAGAAAGGAAAACUCCUAGGAAGGGGGACUUUUGGACAUGUUUACCUCGGAUUUAACAGUGGGAGUGGGCAGAUGUGCGCGAUAAAAGAAGUCAGGGUUAUUUCAGAUGAUUUAUCAUCAAAAGAAUGUCUCAAGCAACUGAACCAGAUUCUACAAAUGCAAACACAUUUUCCUUUAGAUGUUUUGGCAAUUGCUGAUGUAUUUCUAACUACUGCUCCUGGUCAACAGGAGAUAAAUUUGCUUAGUCAGCUAUCACAUCCAAACAUUGUUCGUUACUACGGAAGUGAACUGAGUGAAGAAACGCUUUCAGUUUAUUUAGAGUAUGUAUCUGGUGGCUCAAUUCACAAGUUACUUCAAGAAUAUGGUGCCUUCAAUGAGCCAGUUAUUCAAAAUUAUACCAGGCAGAUUCUCUCUGGGCUUGCAUAUUUGCAUGGAAGAAAUACAGUUCACAGGGAUAUCAAAGGAGCAAAUAUAUUAGUGGGCCCUAAUGGUGAAAUCAAGUUGGUUGACUUUGGCAUGGCUAAACAUAUUACGGCAUGCUCUUCAAUGCUUUCAUUCAAGGGAAGUCCUUACUGGAUGGCACCUGAGGUGGUGAUGAAUACAAAUGGCUACAGUCUUGCAGUGGAUAUAUGGAGCUUGGGAUGUACAAUUCUUGAAAUGGCAACAUCAAAACCACCAUGGAGCCAGUAUGAAGGGGUUGCUGCAAUAUUUAAAAUUGGAAACAGCAAAGAUAUGCCAUAUAUACCUGAUUAUCUUUCCAAUGAUGCAAAAAGUUUUAUAAAGCGAUGCCUGCAACGAGAUCCAUCAGCACGCCCCACUGCUGCACAGUUGUUGGACCACCCAUUCAUUCGGGACCAAGCGACAACAAGAGCUGUGAAUAUAAACAUUAGUAGGGAUGCCUUUCCCAGAACUUUUGAUGGAAGCCGCACACCGCCAGCCUUAGAGCUUCACUCCAACCGAACAAAUGCCAAUUCUUGUGAUGGAGAUUUUGCAAUGAAGCCGGUGGUGAAUAAUACAAGAGCAUUGAAGAAUCCAAGGGACGAUGGUAGAACGAUCACAUCUAUGCCUGUAUCUCCUUGUUCUAGCCCACUGCGACAACAUGGGGCUGCACAGAGGAGUUGUUAUCUUUCUCCUCCUCGCUCAGGCUUUCCUAUGGCUCUGCUUGUGUAUGUGGGCUCUGGAUGGUCUAGACGAGCUGUAGAGGUUGCCUGUAGGACUUGGGAGUAUGCAAGUUAG